UGCUUGGGGUGGGGGAAGCUUAAUUUAUUCACCGGCCUUUUAGUUUGUUUCUGAGUAGAUGAAGAAAAUAUUCCUUUAAAAUACAUUAUUCUAUUAUAAAGUAACUCAAGAGAUCGACCUCCCGCACCCCAGCAAAGAUGAUUGACACGCUUGUAACAUCAGAAGCUCAGAACCUUCUUCACCAGCUGAACUCACUCUUGGAGCAGGAGCUGAAAUGCCAGCCAAAAGCUUGUGGCUUGCGGCUGAUUGAAACGACUCAUGACAAUGGCCUCCGGAUGACUGCCAGACUUCGCGACUUUGAAGUGAAAGAUUUGCUUAGCUUAACUCAGUUCUUUGGAUUCAGUACAGAGACGUUCUCUUUAUCUGUGAACCUUCUGGACCGGUUUUUAGCUAAAAUGAAGGUGCAGCCAAAACAUCUAGGUUGUGUCGGCCUCACCUGUUUCUAUCUAGCAGUAAAAGCCACAGAAGAUGAGAGAAAUGUCCCUCUGGCAACGGAUUUAAUCAGAAUCAGCCAGUAUAAGUUUAGUGUGUUUGACAUGAUGCGGAUGGAGAAGAUUGUGUUAGAAAAGUUGGGCUGGAAAGUGAAAGCUACAACUGCUGUUGUUUCCUUUUAUUUAUAUAUGUCUUUAUUUCUUCCUCCCAGGCAAAAACUAUUUACAUUAGAGCGGCUCGAAACAAAUCUGAAAGCCUGUCAUUGCAAGAUUGCAUUUUCCAAAGCAAAGCCCUCCAUGUUGGCCUUGUCAAUUUUGGCUGUUGAAGUUCAGGAGCAGAAGUUAUUUGAACUGACAGAUGUAUUAGAAUCUCUACAGAAACAUUCCAAGCUCAACAGCAGAGACUUGUUCUGUUGGAAAGAGUUUGUAUCAAAGUGCCUUGCAGAGUAUUCUUCAGGCAAAUGUUCGAAGCCAAAUGUUCAAAAGCUAAAAUGGAUUGUGUCAGGUCGCACAGCAAGACAGCUGAAGCACAGUUACUAUAGGAUAGAACAUUUACCCACAAUUCCAGAAACUGGCUCCUGAUGCUGUUGAAGGUUACACAAGUGGAAAGGGCAUACAAGAAUGGUCUGAUACUAAUUUUAUGGACUAUGGAGCAUUUGUUUGGAAUGCACAAAAUGUGAAUCCAAGGAUAAAAUGGCAGCUAGUUUAUACAUUUUAUUAUGCUUACAACUUAAAAGGAAA